AUGGCGCCCUCAGCCACGACUACAUCACCUGUCCCCGGCCCUGCAGAGCCUCUGGCGACCAAGCUCGUCACGCGACCCGUCAAGGAAGAUGGUUCUGCACUGUAUCCUGAGUUCAUGCCCUUCUAUGACCCUCUGGAAAAGGUAGAAGACAUCGGGUCUUUCGAGCACUUCGACCCCGGUCAUCGCGCUGACCCAAGGCUCCCCAAUCUUCUCUCAACAGCAACCAAGGUCAUUGACCUCUCGCCCCAUGUGGGCACUGAGAUCGAGGGAGUCCAGCUGUCGCAGCUGUCAACUGAAGGACUGGAUGAACUCGCGCUUCUCGCUGCCAAGCGUGGUGCCUUAGUCUUUCGCAACCAGGACUUCCGCGACAUCGGCUUCGAACGCCAGAAGCAGAUCGUGCGCCACUUCGGCCCACUGCACAUCCAUGGAUGGGCGCCACAUCCUGCUGCUGGCUCUGAGGAGCACAUGAUCAUCUAUGAUCAUAAAGAGGAUCUUCGUGUGCGCAAGUCUUGGAGGGGUCGCAGCCCUGUGCAAUGGCACACCGACCAGUCCCCCGAGCCUCAACCUCCUGGUACCACCUUCAUCUGCAUGCUCGAGUCACCUUCUGCCGCUGGCGGUGACACACUUGUGAGCUCUAGCGUUCAAGCUUUCAAGGCUUUGUCACCCAAGUUCAGGAAGAGGCUGGAGGGGUUGACUGCUAUCCAUUCCAAUAACGAUGGUGUCACCCAGGAGCUGAAGAACGGCCAAAACGCAGUAAUGAGGAGGCAGCAACUGGUUCAAGAACACCCUGUCGUCAUCGUUCAUCCCGUUACCAGAGAGAAGGCACUAUGUAAGUUCACUUCAGGAUGUGAUACGAUAUUUGCUGACAAAGACUUGGAAGAUGUCAAUCCCGUCUACACGAAGAAGAUCGUUGGGUUCGACCAGGAGGAAUCGGAUUACCUCCUGAACUUUUUGUUCGAUCACAUCGCUAAGAGACAGGAUUUCCAGUGUCGUGUCCGUUAUGAGGCUGGUACCGUUCUCAUCUGGGAUCAGCGUGUCACGAACCACUCUCAGACUCUUGACUACCCUGCUGGCGAGCGCAGGCAUGCUUUCCGUCUGACUCCAUUGGCGAACAAGCCUAUCCCAGCGAAGGUUGAGGAGGACGAUGGUGAAUGUGAGAAAGACUUCGGACGGGUCUCUCUUGGACUCUGCUAG